AUGUCCGACCGCUCCCUCCGCAUCCUCACCUCCGCCGACGUCGACAAGGUCCUCGACAGCCUCGACCAGAAGCUCGCCGUCGACUCGCAGCGCGCGGUGUUCGCGGCAUACUCGACCGCAGGCGAUGCUGAGGACGCUCCCGGCGUGCGCAAGCUCCAGCUCCCUCUGCGCCACCAGCUCUCGUCUCCUGACCAGACGAUGCUCUUCAUGCCGGCACGCGUGACGGGCUCGACGUCGUGCAAGAUAGUGUCGGUGCCGCGUGCGGGCUCGGACGGGCUGCCGGGCAGCACGAUCAUGAUGGACGAGAAAACGGGCAAAGUGAAGGCGAUCAUGAACGCGCGGCGUCUGACCGCACUCCGCAACGCUGCGGGCUCCGUGCUCUCGUACCAAGCACUGGCGACGGACGAGCAGACGCCGGCGCACCUCGUCAUCUUCGGCUCCGGCACGCAAGCGGACGGGCACGCGCGCGCCUUCCUCCAAACCUACCCGUCGAUUAAGAAAGUGACGAUCGUCGCGCGCCGCUCCACGCCCCGCUCCAAGGCGCUGGUGCAGGACAUCGCGGCACACUUCCCCUCCGUGGCGGUGUCGCAGGGCGUGGCGUCGUACGCGGACGGCACGGCGGAAGAGGGCUUCGACCUCGCCGCGACGGUCGCGGACGCCGACGUCAUCUGCACAAUGACGAGCUCGACGCAGGCCCUCUUCCCCGCCGCGCCGGUGAAGAAGGGUGCGCACAUGUGCCUUAUCGGCAGCUACAAGCCGCAUAUGCGCGAGGUCGAGGACGAGCUGGUCAAGCGCGCGGGUGUCGUGCUCGUCGACAGCCGCGAGGCGUGCGGGCACGAGGCGGGCGAGUUGCAGGGCAUGAGCGACGACCAGCUCGUUGAGCUCGGCGAGGUUGUGGAUGCGUCGACGCGCGAGAAGGCCGCUGCAAAGGUCAAUGGCGUGGGGGACGUUAAUAUCUUCAAGAGCGUCGGGUUGGGCGUGCAGGAUGUCGCUAUUUCGGCGGUCGUGCUGGCUGAGGCGGAGCGCCUGGGUCUCGGCACUGUGGUUGAGGAGUACGACUAG